CGCGCUCGGAUUGGCUACCACAAGUUGCCUUUUUCAAAACAAGAUGGCGCAGCGCCAGCGCCACAAUGCCCGCGAUGGCCUCACCGCCGACAUCUUUGAGAUCAUUGCGACGUUCAUUCCCGAGCCGAGAACGUUCCUCGACUUACUUCACACGCUGCCCGAGCAAAGCCGAACGCGGCCGCUGCAAAGCGUCGUGACGAUCGCGACGACGCCCAGUCUCCGCCGGGUCGUCGAAGUGGUGUGGCCGACGCUCGUGCUCACGACGCGUGCUCUGCCGCCACCGACCCUUGAUCUACUUCGAAGCACGCUAUCGCUGGGCCCACGCAUCGACUGGGAUUGCGGCAUCGUUGGCCGGGCCCAAAUGGACCUCAUCGCAACGCACUUUGUGCCGUAUCUGCGGAGCGUCUACUUGCACGUCAAUACGACCGUACUCGCCGGCGACAACGGACCAUUCUUUCGUGAUCUCUUGCUGUCGUGUCCACGACUCGAGAAGCUCGAUCUGCGCUACGACAGCGAAGACACGGACCCGCGCAUGACGGCCGCGAUCCCCCUCUUUCAAGUACUUGCGCAUCCUCGGCUGUGCAACUUUAGCCUCGUCCUGCCCCACAACGACUAUCCGUACGAAGUCGACGCGCGUCUCGGGCUCGGCCUCGCAGCGUUUUUGCGCACUGGCCGCGCAAGGGACCUUGUGCUCAAGAACCUCUUCCUCGACACAGCUGACGACCCGGAUCUGAACCUCUCGCGGGUUCUUCAAGCCUGUACGUCGCUGCAGCACCUCACGCUCUACAACGUGGCGGUCGUACCGGAUGACAACCUCUGGGCGCAUCUUCCACCGUCGCUUUGCUCGCUCAAGGUCUACGACAAUACGGGCGAAGACGACGUCGUCGACGGCCUCGUGAUGUCGCUGCCUCGAAUGCGCAACCUCACUGAGCUCAAGCUGGAAGUUGUCUUUGUGACGCAGCCCCCGAGAAUCCUUGCUCCCAUUGUGCGCUCUUUGACGCAGCUCAAGUCGGUCAAUCUCUCGGGCUGCACGCUGCCGAACGCACCAUGCCUCGUCGACGUGGUCUCGGCUUUUGGCAGCCUCUCCAUCUUGGAGCGCCUGGACUUGACUGGCCUUGAUGCCGUAUCGUCUGCGAUGACUGCGCUCUUGACGACACUGCGUCACUGCCGACGUCUUCAGUCGCUUCGCUUGGCGUCCACGAGUCUGAGUACAAAGGAUGUCCACAGCAUUCUCGCAACAGUGCCCGAGUGUCCCUGUCUCACCCAUUUGGAUCUAUCCGACAACGAGCCUAGUGACAACUGGACGUCACUGCUACCAGCUCUCGAGGCAGCAGCGCGUACCCUCCGUGGCUUGAACAUGCGAUCCACGCUCGACGCCUCGGUGGCGUGUGUGACAGCCCUGGGCGCGAUGCGCUGCUUCAAGCUGCGGCUCGUCUCUGCAGUCCAAGCCAGCGUCGACCUCGAGAACCCAAGUGCAACGUGCGCACUGUCGUUGUAAAAUGCGACGAUCUUUCCCGUCACAUGUGGAGCUCGUAAUCAAACGAUGAUUUUACCGUUUCGAUCGACGCCAAAGCGAUCACGUAUUUAUCAAAUAGC